AGCGCAGCUCCACCGGAGGACACGCACUGUGCAUCACUUCCCCUCAGCCGCCCGCGCGUGGACCGUAGAGUCACAAACAUUCCCCAGAGAAGCCCCCGGAGCCGGAGAAGCAGCAGCGGAGAAGCGAUGGACGAAAGAAUACCGCAUCUACAGGACAGGCAGUUCAUGGAGCACGCAGAUUUCCUGGGGGUGGACUACCCCUCUCUCUACAUGUGCAAAUCCAAAAGAGGAAUAAAACGAGAGGAUGGUGGGAAGGACGCAUACAAGUUACCGCACCGGUUGAUAGAGAAGAAGCGGAGGGACCGAAUCAACGAAUGUAUCGGGCAGCUGAAGGAUUUGUUACCCGAACAUCUGAAGCUGUCGACGCUGGGGCAUUUGGAGAAAGCGGUUGUCUUGGAGUUGACGCUGAAACAUUUAAACGCGCUGACUGCUGUCACCGAGCAGCAGCACCAGAAGAUUAUCGCUUUGCAGAACGGGGACCGGUCGAUGAAAUCCUCCCUUCACGCCGAUCUGGACGCCUUCCACUCCGGGUUCCAGGCUUGUGCCAAAGAGGUCCUGCAGUACCUGAGUCAGUUUGAGAACUGGACGACGCGAGAGCAGAGGUGCGCGCAGCUCAUCAAUCACCUUCACAAGGUGCUGGCGCAGUUCCAGCACCAGCUACCCGCCGGGGACGCGCCGGAGGGGCAGAAAGCCGACGGCCAAGCCAACUGUGUCCCGGUCAUCCAGAGGACCCAGGGCGGGGAGCUUAACGAGAAUGACACGGACACGGACAGUGGAUACGGGGGCGAGGCAGACAAGAGCGACGGCAAAGAGAAAGAAUGCGAGCGCAACAAGGCGCAGGGAGCCAAGGCAGUGAAGAUCAAACAAGAGUUUGGAGACGAGCGCGCUGCCAAAAAACCAAAGAUGAACUGGCCUGGGAGCGUCUUGGGGGGCGCGGACCCCACCAGGCCCGACCUGGCAUUAAUGAACUCUCUGAUGGGAAUAAGCAGUGUGGGACAGCAGACGCCAAUUUGCAUGCCUUUCUACUUCAUCAACCCCUCGGCCGCGGCGUCCUAUAUGCCUCUGUUCGACAAAAGCAACAUUGAAAAGUACGUGUACCCGGCGGCGGCGGCGGCCGCUCUUGCGUCCCCCUUCCCCUGGCUCUACCCCGCACACGCGUCAGCGGCGGCCGCCGCCGCCGCGGCCGCGGCCGCUUUCCCCGGCCUGUCUGCGCACUUUGGGGCCUCCCCUCAGGCCAAGGACUCCCACUCUCCAGACAGCGACGGGUCACCCGAGGCCGAGGCGGGCUCACCCGAGGAGCGCGAGGAAAGUCUCGCGAGUGACGACGGGGAGGGUGACGCCGCCGACACGUCCCAGGAGAGCAAGGGCACCCCGCACGAUCAGUUUCCCGCUUGUCAAACGAGCUAAUUUGUCCGAGUCACUUCUCUGUGCAUUCUGCUGAGAAAAUUGAUGUAUUUUCAUUUUUUUAAAAAUUAGGCUGGUUUUAAAACGAGGUUCCACAGGAGAGUCUCUCGUGUACAAGAUCUUUGCGAAACAGGGGACAGUUGUGACGGCGCGUGCCUUUUGCACUUAUGCUAGAUUAAUCAAUCUGAAUGAUUAUCGACAAUGAUUGACACCAGUACACGACCGUGUUGUGCUGGAGUUAGUUUUUUUAUCCUCUUUGAUAAAGUAUUUUGAAAAUGGCAGCAUUGGUGCCAAAACUUUGAGUACUACAACAGUGCGAAAUAUCCCAAUCAGCGAGUCUCUUUUGGAUGUAUGAAGUUGCAACUGACCUCUGCCAAGGUUAUUAAGAGCUUGGCUGAUUCUGACCAUAAAUAUUAUUACCUGGAAGACAGUCUGGUUCAUUAACAUGUAAAUGAGCACUAAAUGGGCCUAUAAAAGAAGUGCGCCUGGAAGUGUGACACCUACAGUACCUCAUCCCCAACUUUGCACGGGGUAGGCCUAUUGGGAGGCACAUCACGGUCCCUCCUGAGAAGAGAUGAUUGCCCCCCCCCCCAACACACACACACACACACACACACACACACACAACACACAACACACACAAACACACACACACUCGCACCAUCUUCAUCAUUAACAACAAAUUCAUGACUCAGCUACCUUAACAAUCGCACAUUGAUAAUAAUGACAUAAACGGAGAGGUAUGAUCCCUCAUCUCAUAUUUACAAAUCUGAAUCUGCUCUGGUUUCCUUUACUUGUUUGUUAGUGUCAGGAAGGAAAAAAAAAA